CUAAGGGUGAACGUGAAUAAACAUGGCGGAUAUCGAGUUCGAGCAGUUUGGGCAGAAGUUCGGCAAGAAUUACAUUUGCAAUACCACUAACACAUCGCCUUUUUACUCGAUAGUCCCAGUUGAUGAAGACUCUCCGUCAUCCAAUUCCCCAUCUCCAGAUAUUGACGUCAAUGACUGUGAUAACAUCCAGGAGACCGGCUCAAGCUUACCGCGUACGUCACAAGUUGAUAAAGAUGACUCCCAGUUGAGUGAAACGUUCUGCAGAGGAACAGUGUCAUCCUCUUGGAAGGGCGAAAGGAGGCGCAGGAAACUACCGGAAAUUCCAAAAAAUAAAAAAUCUACAAUGGUUACACUGUACAACACUCAAAGCUCGAUAUCACGCGAUGUGUCUUUGGCUGAGGAAUUGGGCAGCGGUGUAGGAUCUAGUGGCCCCAGUUCCAUGCUGGUGCUCAAGUGCGGAUACCUUUGGGACGAAUCUCCAGAAUCAGAUAGAUUGUUAACCGAUGCAGAUAGUGGACAUUCUACGGCUCAUUCUCCUACAGGAACCGACGGGCCUAAAUCCAUGUCGCCGCUUAUGGGCAGUAGUCUUUCAAUGGUAGGAGGCAUGGUGUAUAAUGAUGUUGAUCUGUUGGAAGCCACACAUCGGGCUUUGCAUAAAUUUGUUCCUCGACAUGAAGACGAAAUCGAAUUAGAAAUCGGAGAUCCAGUUUACGUUCAAAAAGAAGCUGAUGAUCUGUGGUGUGAAGGAGUUAAUCUGAGAACAGGAAGAAUGGGCAUAUUUCCUUCGGCCUAUGCAGUGGACAGCGAUUUUAGUGACUGGGACUCGAAUACUGAACAUGGGAGGCGGGAAAGAUACCUCUUAGGGUACCUUGGAUCGGUUGAGACUUUAGCCCAUAAGGGGACUACCGUGGUGUGUCAGGCAGUAAGGAGGGUGAUUGGAAAUCAUUCAUCUGAACCAGAAGUUCAACCGUGCACUCUAGAAGUAUCCGAUCAGGGCCUGAGGAUGGUCGACAGAAGAAAACGAGACCAAAACGAGCCUUGCAUAGACUAUUUCUACUCGCUCAAAAACGUGAGUUUUUGCGCAUUUCAUCCUCGAGACCAUCGAUAUUUGGGCUUCAUCACCAAGCAUCCGACUUUGCAAAGGUUUGCAUGCCAUGUCUUCAGAGGACCCGAUUCGACCAGACCAGUAGCCGAAGCUGUGGGGCGAGCAUUUCAAAGGUUUUACCAAAAAUUCAUAGAGACUGCAUAUCCAGUGGAGGAUAUUUACAUAGAAUAAGAACAAUGAUAAUUAAUAAAUGUUGGUACUAAGAAAUUCUUUGCUACUUACCACCGAAGGGCUUUAGCUUUUCUGUAUUAUGCGUCGUCAACCUGUUUUUAUUCUGGGGGUUUUCGCAUCCAAUCUGCUGGUUAAGUUUGCCUCUAAAAAUCCGCAAUAAUUAUUAGUUUUCUGCUGGUUGCGACUCAUUCUAUUCAGUCAUAUCAUGAGCUUCUGAAGCCAAUUGUUAAAAUUCUUAGGCACGUAUUUAGAUUAAUAAUCGGUACUAAGUACGCAAUGUAUUUGGGUUCUAGUCAUUAAUAGCUGUGUAUGUACAGGGUGUUUAAAUUUGUUUAUACGGAAAUUUAAUUUCGUGAAGAACGCAUGCAAGAGGAACAUUAAAUCCGUAAAAUUGUGGUCAAGAAGCAUUCUUCUUUUGUAAGAGGAUGUAUGGAGGAAGUUGAAUUAUUUACGCUUUGUUGGUGUUUAAAUUGCAAUUUCUUGGAAGUAAACUUUAAUGGUUGUAAGUUUAAAUUAGCAAUUUGUAGCAUAACUGCUUUAACCAUCGUUUUGCUUAGAAGUUUGGGCAAAAUUAGCUUUUUGCGUCUUUUGUGUUAGCAGAAAUUCAUACAAAUGUGUUCAUGAAACAGUGUGUUCUCUUGGAAACAUUCUUGUGAUUUUCCGCUGAAUUUUUCCAAUUAAAUUUACAGAAAGUACCAAUAUGAAAUGUUUCUUAAAGAAAAAAAUUGAUUGAUUUUUAAAUACUCUAAAAGUGGGCGAUUUUCUUUAAAAUUCCAUCAAGAUAAGCUUAUAUCAAUCUGCAAGUUUGUUUAGAAAAUAAUCGUAAACAUUUAAGGCAAAUAUUGGAAAUAUAAACAAUUUUACAUACGUAAAACUUUGAAGAAGAGAACCAGAUUCAACGUUCUAAAACCUGUUUGUUGGGUAUUUUGCAUAAACAUUUUUGUGUCAUUUGAAAAAAAUUGAAUUUUCUCGCGCCUUUUACUACGCAUUAGAAAAAUAUGAGAAAAUUCUGUCUUUUUGAAAGGCCUCGACUUGAAAGUAAAUUUCCUUUGCUCCAUUAGAAACUCCUUCUUUGAUUUAGCGAAUAUUGAUAUCUUGCUGUUGUAAACUCACUCACUCUAUAUACAGUUUUAAGUCAUUUUUUGCUUUCAAUAUUCCUUCAGGAGUGGAUAUUUAAGCAAAUAAUUAACCGUUGAAACACCCUGUGUAUAUGAAAGGUUCUGAAGCCUCUUACAUGCAUGUGCAUUUCCCAACUGAUGUAUUCUCUAUAAUCUAGGUAGUUCGUGUAAAGUAAGCGAACAACUUCAAGUGCAAUCUCUAUAUUUUUAAUGUAAAUAACUAUGAAAAAAACUAUUUAGAGCAGCAUAGAAUGUAACUCUUGUAGAACGAUAAGUUAUUGUUAAAUUUAAAGUUUCAAUACUUCCUGAAAAGAGCAGAUAAUAAUGUAGGGCAAUAUAUUUAAAAUUGAGAUAAAGUGGAUUUUAAAUGCUAGGGAGAUUUUUUGUAUAUUUUUGAUACAUCAAUGAAGUUUAGUGUCGUUGUAUUUGUUUCAUUGUUUGUGAUGUUUUGUCGUCUUUUUGUUACUUGUGUACUUACUGCAUAUCUGUUUCAAUUUUGCUGAAUAUACUUUUGUUUUGACAAUAA